UUUUGAUUGGACGCCCUACUCAUAAAAAGCGAUAAUGGUGAAACAUACAGUCAUGUUCUAUGAUAGUUACUUUUAAAACAUUUAUUGAAAUUAAUCUGGAAAUACCACUCAAGGCUUAUCCGAUUUCAUGGUUAAGCCUUUCUUUAUAAACUCAAACCUUUGGAAUGUCGUGGCUAUGACGUUCUCGCCUCUGUGAGUUUGGGGAGGAAAAGGAGGGACGAAAAGACAGGCAGGUCUAAAAUGCUACGUGUCUUGGAUUGGAAUUAUUUAUUGGACAUCUCCCUUCAGAUAUAUUUCUUAUAAAUCACGUAAUAUAAUCGUAGUAUAAGCAAAUCGGAUUAUCCUUAACAAAACUAAACAGAAAAGUUUCAGAAAAAUCGGCGAUGUCUGUCAUCAAGAAGCAAAGAACGGAUCUUCAGAGGUCCACUAAUGUGGUCUACCAGGCUCACCAUGUGAGUCGGUCUAAACGAGGCCAAGUGGUGGGCACCAGAGAAGGCUUUAGAGGCUGCACUGUCUGGCUCACAGGCUUGUCAGGUGCUGGAAAAACAACCGUUGGCUUUGCCCUGGAAGAGUAUUUGGUGUCCCAUGGUAUUCCCUGCUACUCCCUUGAUGGAGAUAACAUCCGACAGGGACUGAACAGGAACUUGGGCUUCACCUCUGUGGACAGGGAAGAGAACAUCAGGCGCAUCGCUGAGGUGGCCAAGUUGUUCGCGGACGCAGGGCUGGUCUGCAUCACCAGUUUCAUUUCGCCGUUCACUAAGGACCGGGAUGAAGCCAGGAAGAUCCAUGAGAGUUCUGGGUUGCCGUUCUUUGAGGUGUUCAUCGAUGCGCCAUUGGAGGUGUGUGAGAGCAGAGAUGUUAAAGGCCUCUACAAGAAGGCACGUGCCGGAGAGAUUAAAGGCUUUACUGGCAUUGAUUCUCCCUUUGAGAAGCCCGAGUCCCCUGAGCUUGUGCUAAAGACCGGAGAGAUCUCAGCAAAUGAGUGCAUUCAGCAAGUGGUGGAGCUGCUUAAGGAGCAGAGUAUUGUGCCCACUGGUGUGGCAGAGGAAGUGACAGUGCUCUUUGUGCCAGAAAACAAGCUCGACUUGGCACUGAGUGACGCCAAGACACUGCCCGCCGUCAACAUCACCAAGCUUGACCUCCAGUGGGUGCAGGUUUUGGCGGAGGGCUGGGCCAGUCCCCUCAAGGGUUUCAUGAGAGAGAAGGAGUUCCUGCAGGUUCUGCACUUCAACACACUCCUGGAUGGUGGAACGAUCAACCUCUCUGUGCCAAUCGUUCUGCCCGUGUCCAAAGAAAACAAAGACAGGCUAGAUGGCUGUGCUGCUUUCACACUUGAGUUCAAUGGUCGUAGAGUGGCAAUUCUCCGCAAUCCGGAAUUUUAUGAGCAUCGGAAGGAAGAACGUUGUGCCAGACUGUGGGGAACCACGUGUCCUCAGCAUCCUUACAUCAAGAUGGUUAUGGAGAGUGGUGAUUGGCUGGUUGGUGGAGAUUUGGAGGUUCUAGAACCUAUCAAAUGGAAUGAUGGUCUGGACCAAUAUCGUUUCACUCCAAGAGAGCUGAAGCACAAGUUUAAGGAGAUGAAAGCAGACGCCGUCUUCGCUUUUCAGCUCCGCAACCCGGUCCACAAUGGCCACGCCCUUCUGAUGCAGGACACCAAGCGAAGGCUGCUGGAGCGGGGCUACAAGAACCCUGUUUUGUUGCUCCAUCCGCUCGGGGGAUGGACCAAAGACGACGAUGUGCCCCUGGAGUGGCGCAUGAAGCAGCAUGCUGCCGUACUGGAAGAGGGAGUUCUGGACCCGGCCAGUACCAUUGUGGCCAUAUUCCCCUCCCCCAUGAUGUACGCUGGACCCACUGAGGUACAGUGGCACUGCCGGGCACGGAUGAUAGCUGGUGCCAACUUCUACAUUGUGGGUCGAGACCCUGCAGGCAUGCCGCAUCCAGAGACCAAGCAGGACCUAUAUGAGCCCACCCAUGGGGGCAAGGUGCUCACUAUGGCCCCUGGCCUCACCUCUGUAGAGAUCAUCCCCUUCAGAGUGGCCGCCUACAACAAAACUAAAAGAGCUAUGGACUUCUAUGAUAUGGAGAGACACCAGGAAUUUGAGUUCAUCUCAGGGACCAAAAUGAGGAAGAUGGCACGCAGUGGAGAGAACCCUCCAGACGGCUUCAUGGCCAACAAAGCCUGGAAGGUCCUCACUGAGUACUACAGCUCCCAGCAGAAGGACGACUGAACAGUCAUAUUCUAACUUUAACAGGUCACUUAAAAGCAUUCCUAUUAUACAGUAUAUUCUCCAUUCAAAUCCAGUAGCAGGCAUGAAUGCCAUUGCUUUUAUUACUGUAUAUCAUUUAUCUGGAAAUAUCUAGUUUGAUGAGUAGUUCCAAAGUAGUUGUAGAGUCAGUGUUAUUAACAUAUCACAUUUCUCAUCAUCUAUGGGUCUUUACUGUAGUAAGUUGGAAAGUAACAGUAUAAAUGUUUUAAGCUGUGAGAAGACAUGAUUUAAUUUCUUAGUUGACUAAUGUUUGUGGCAUGUGAAUGGAAUGAAAACAUUUCUAUCAAAUGAUACCAUGGUGCCUUAAUUUAAAAGUUCUUAAUAGGAUCUACCUUUUUAUAUUACUAUAUAUGUACUGUAUAUAUAUAUAUA